CAUUCGACAGAAACAACUCGCCUUUCACAUCCCAAUUUCAACAGCUCCCAACUCUUCUACAUUUAAAAAUGAAAUUCAUUUUGGCCGUCGUUCUGGAAUUAGCUGCUGCAAUUUCCUUGUCACGUGGAGCGGCAAUUGCAGCCAUCGGUUCUUCGCCUGCCACAACCAUCUCUUCAAGUCAAAAUAUGAUUACGCUAACUAGCGGGCUAAGAAGCGCCAGGCAACAAGAAGAACCGGUUGUUACGGCAGAUGCUCUUGAAACUAACAAUGAGCCUAUUUUCCGUACACAACCCGGUUUCCCAGCUAUUCUACAUCCAAGCAAUGAUUACCAACUGAAGACAUCAGGAAAUUUCGCCAUCGCCUACACCGGUGUCGUUUUUUGGGCCGUUGCUGGCAUUUUGGGACUGGCUUUGGCCAUUUGGAUCGUUUCUUUAUUUACUGGAAUUGGUUUUUUCAAAACCAUUCUUACGGGUUUUAACACAUUCAAAGGACGCGCUGAUGAAAUGGGCUUCAAAAUGGACAGUCAGAAGCUCAACUUGAUGGCCAGUCAAGUUUACAAGGCUAUAGAAGCGUAUCGUCUCAAAAACCAAUAGUCCUCCAUCAGUCAUUUUUUGUAACUUAAUUAAAUAUGUCGAAUAAACUGCUCUUUCAAAACAAAAA